CAGCGAGGGUGUGACCAGCCAGCCAGCCAGCGGAAGGCGGCUCACCCUCUCUCACGGGCUUCCUGGUUCUACUUCCGAGGUCAGAGGCUGAGCGAGGGAUUGAAGAGCCAGACCGGCCAGGAUGCUGAUCAAAGUGAAGACGCUAACUGGGAAGGAGAUCGAGAUCGACAUCGAACCCACAGACAAGGUGGAACGAAUAAAGGAGCGAGUGGAAGAGAAAGAAGGGAUCCCACCUCAACAACAGCGGCUUAUCUAUAGUGGCAAGCAAAUGAAUGAUGAAAAAACUGCGGCUGACUACAAGAUCCAAGGUGGAUCCGUUCUCCAUUUGGUCCUGGCACUGCGCGGAGGAGGCCUGCGAUGAUGGAGCAUUUCCCGUCCCCACCUUCUCCUCUGGAGCACCCCUCUCCCCUCCCCACAAAGGACAGGUUGAAAUGUGGGAAGCCAUUAGGCCUGCACUCCCGCUGUCCUUUUUCCCCCUCCGACUUCCAGGAAGAAUGACCGCUGCCUCCUGCAAGGCUUUGUUUACGGGAGGCAAUAGGUGCGGAGGGGAGGCCGCCUUCAGUUAGCGCAAUGGGGAUCGGGACUCCUUGCGGGUCCCAAUUUCUCCAACUGCAUUUCCACCUUAGCGACUUCUUAAACCGCUGCUUGCUUCACGGUGGUAAAGGUUUAUUUUCUUCCCUCCUCUGCACCCUUGUUCUAGUGUCUCCUCCCCUUUGUUGGAAUGGCUGAGUGUUUAAUAAAGGUGUUAUACAACCGUC